AUGUCUCCCCCCGCAGCGGAUGUUGAUCUCUUCUCACACACCAGCAAUGGGCCCAUCCCCAUCACGAAAGUCAACGCCCAAAGCCGCCUGAGAGAACCUCUGAAGUACUCCGGCUCCCUGGACCAAUAUCAAUCCUUCGAUGUCACCAAGGUCAUUGGGAGGGAAUUCCCGGACUUGCAACUGAGCGAGAUCCUCCAUGACGACGCAAAGAUUCGCGAUCUGGCCAUUACGGUGUCUCAACGCGGCGUCGUCUUCUUCCGCAAUCAGAAUCUCAACAUUGAAGAUCAAAAGAUCUUGGGGGCCAAACUUGGCGAACUCACUGGAAAACCCGCGACAUCCAAGCUUCACCGUCAUGCGUUGAGUAACAGCAAGAGGGGCAUUGCCGUCGAUGAGAACGGAAAACUCGACGAUGAAGUCUCGGUCAUUUCCUCAGAGCAAAACCGCAACUUCUACAAGGAUCGCUUCACCGCCCACUCUAAGGUUCUCGCCAGUCAGGGCUGGCAUGCCGACAUCACAUUCGAACGCAUCCCGUCCGACUAUGCCAUUCUCAAGAUCAUCAAGAAGCCCGAAGACGCCGGUGGCGAUACCCUGUGGGCAUCUGGCUACGAGCUUUACGACCGACUGUCACCCGAAUUUCAGAAACUUGCUGAAAGUUUGAAGGCCACACACCACCAACCGAAUUUCGUCAAAGUCGCCAAAGAAUUUGGCGAGGAUCUGAUUGAACAGGACCGUGGCGCGCCCGAGAACACGGGCAUUGAUUUCAAUGCCUCCCAUCCCGUGGUCCGCACCAACCCCGUGACAGGCUGGAAAAGCCUGUUCGGCGCCGGCCACCAGAUCGAGCACGGCUGGAUCGACAACGUGACCCCGCGCGAGAGCGAGAUCCUCAAGGCGUACUUCCUCCAACUCAUCACCGACAACCACGACCUGCAGGUCCGGUUUCGCUGGAACGAGAACGACCUCGCCAUCUGGGACAAUCGCUCCGUCUUCCACACUGCGACGAAUGACUACGAGGGCAAGAGGCAGGGGAAUCGGGUCGUGUCGCUCGGUGAGAGGCCGUAUUUUGAUCCGAAAUCUCGUUCGCGCCGACAGGCUCUUGGGAUUCAGGCGUGA